AUGGAAGGCAUCAGCGAGGGAGAGCGCUCCUUCACAUUUGACAAGGUCGACUACGACUAUCCAGCAGAACCCGUGGAAACCGAUUACUUCGCAGAAGAGCCACAGAUGGAUGUCUCUCGCGAGGAGAAGAUUACCGCCACCACGACUGCUCCAGUUGAGUCCAGUGGUUAUAAGAAUGGCUAUAGGAGGGAGACUCAAAGCUCUUAUUCUUCGACUAAAGAGCCUGCUCCCCCGCAGCGCACUUCUCAGGCUCAGUGGGGCAAAGAAAAAGCAUACAAUCCGUAUGCGGAAGUAGCAGAGUCGAGGGAAUCACUCAACAAAUCAGACGACGAAGUAUCAGUGCCACAUGUGGUUCGUCCAAGAGUCCGCGACGAUCCUCGGCCAGUGGUACUUGAUCGAGGAGUCUAUAAAAUCACCGAGUACAAGUUUAAGUCCAGAAGUGACCAAGAUCAACGUGUAGAGGUCAGCGAUGCCGAAGCAAAAAGACAAGCCCAGCCUCGCUACACAUACGAAGAGCGUAAUCGGGGACGAACAGCUACCCAGGAAGAGGUUGAAAUCCGCACUAGAAUGCACGACUCACCGGCCUCAACCCUCGUGCGCCAGUCAAAACGGCCUGAUAUGGAUCUUCCACCUAGCACUGGAGCUGUGAAGUAUCUUCGUGACAGGAUAGAAAUGGGCGGAAACAAUAACAACGAGCAGAAAAAGGCAACCAAACGUAUCGACAUCUACGAGAGUUUGAACCAAAGU